AUGUUUCAUGCUGCUAUCAUGCUCGCCAAUCAAUAUAAUAUUCGCAUUCAUAACGAGAGCAUAACGAGUAAUGUCAUUCAAGUAAAUAAUGAUGAAAAUGGCCAUGCUUCACUGAAUCUCCUUUGCCAAUAUAUCACUACUCAACGCCCAAACAUUGUCGGGAUUGUUGGUCCGGAUUCAUCGACCACUGCUCGUUUUAUCAAUCCAUUUGCUUCUCAUGUUAAUUUGCCACUCGUCUCCUAUGCUGCAACAAAUAUCGAUCUCGCCGAUAGACAACUCUAUCCGACAUUCUAUCGAACUGUUCCAUCGGAUCUUCUCCUUGCUCGUGCUAUCAUUCACCUUUUCAAACAGUUCGAAUGGAAAACCUGUACAAUGAUUUUUCAAAAAAGUGACUAUGGCUAUGGUGGACUCAGAAUAUUAUCGGAAAAUUAUCAUAAUAAUAUUACAAUCAAAGCACAAUUGCUAUUCGAUGGAGACAAGUUUCAUGCUGAUUUAAAACAAACAUUGGAAACGAGUCGAUCAAGAAUUGUUCUUGUAUGGGCAGAUGAACAACAAACGACAAAUAUUAUUAAACGAGCAUUUGAAGAAAGACUCAUCAAUACCCGAUACGUUUGGAUCACAACAAAUAAGGUGAUUAUUCUCUCAUAUCUUGCCCAUAAAUAG